AAAAGUCACGGAAAAACUUAUUUAUGACAAAAUAACAAUAUCACUUCACCACGCAGCGUGUACAGCCAAAGAUGCGUUUAGAGGGAUAUACUGUGCUCUGGAUAUGGCAAUCUCUCAAGAAAGUGGGCAUUUUUGUAACCUUGCUGGAAGGGCUGCAGAGUUGAACAAGUUGGGAGAAAUUUUCUGGCCAAAGUUUGCGGUCUUUCCCUGCGUGCAUGGAAGGAGGCUGCUCGGUACCGAGUUGGAGAACAUGCUUAAAGGUCAGAAUGCAACAGGACACCAUUUCUUGCUUGUGUUAGUGGUUACCUAAUUCAGUUGUUGUCGUGAAAACAAUUUGACCUCUUGUCAUAAGCUCUGAAACGUGUCGCCGGGCCACUUAAACUUAAUGGAGUUGUAGUAGACUAAUUUUCGGUGGGCAAGUGACCACGGUAGAAAGACUGGAGCCCGCAUUAUCAAUGACAUAGACAAGAGGCCAAGAAAACAGUAUCUGCACUGCACAAUGGCAGACAGAGCGACUCAGAGGAAAGUAUACAGGAGUGUUUCCUUCAAAAAGCUGGAAACUUGGGGCGCAAAUAAAACUCGAUCCAGAGCCGGGGAUCAACACCACAUAUCAAAAGAUUUAGAGAUCGGUGCCCUUCCCCCUUCAGCUCCUCCGGAGACGGCAGCCGAAAAAGCGCAGCCCUCGGCGACGCGUAGUGUUACUGUGUCAAGAAAAGUUUCCAAAAUCUCAGCAGCCAGCCUCUCGACCGCAGAGCUAAAGAAAGGCACUCCUCACUCGAUCUCACCCUCCAUUCGCCAGCUCUCAGAAAAGUUCAGCGCGAAAACAGGGCUGACGCACGGCACGGCUUUUGUCAGCACUGGGACUCUGAAAAGCACAACUUUGCCAAGAAGUAGAAGCAAAGAAAAUGAAUCCACGUCAAACUUCGGAAUAGAUGGAAAUGCGUUUCAACCAACACAGUGCAAGGACGCAGAAGAACACUUGUCUCUGAAAUCGCACGAAGAAGAAAAGUAUUCAACACAAGAAUCAGCCUCUGGUUCGGAUUCUGACAGAAGUCAGAGACAUUUGAGUCGGAAUCCUGCCGAUGGGUCUAGUGGAGGUAAGCGCGAUUAUUCUCAUAUCGCACGAUACACUGAUAUCAACCAUACACAUUUAAACGAAGAGGAUGUUUUUAUUACUGGAGCUCCAGCUUGCAAGUCUUACAGGAGCUAUAGUUCAACUCACGGAGAUUCAAAACACGUUGAUUCCUCGAAUUGGCCAAGUGUCACGAAAAUUAGAGAAUUAUUUGGAGACAGAAAGCUACAUAGGUCGAUUUCUGACGCAGAAGACCUAAAAUCUUCAAGCCAACACUACUCCUCCAGCUCAAGAGAAGCCAGCUAUUUUUCUGACCGCAGUGAUAGACAGUCUCCCUUGCUGCCAAGAGGAGUUUGGCAAGACUCCAGGAACUCUGACCCUGACAUUAGUGAGUCUUCCACAGACCCGUACAGUGCUAGUCUAACUCAAAACGUGGAAACAUUUAAGACAGAGCCUUCUUUUGGCACCACAACACAUGCUGCAUAUGACUCUGAGUUUACCAGUGGCGUUGGAGACCUGCCUGACACAUCUAAAGUGCAGAACCCCGGCAGAGGAGGCGAGAGUCAGUCGGAGAAGUUGGACAGUGACCCCCCCAGGCCCUCUGCUCCGGCUCCACCACCCCGCAGCAGCUCUGUGGCUCACCCGCGCAGGGCCCACCAACCCUUGGCCUGCACUCGACAGCAGCAGCAGCAACUGAAGGAGCUGCAGCAGCAGCAGCAACAGCAUAGACAGGGGGUAGAGCAGCCACAGCUACUGGAUAGUUUACAUUCUUCACAUAGCUCCUUCAGACCGCAGACAGCCCCCUCCGUGGCACCGUCGUCCGGCAGCAGCGGUGCACGGUGGAGAUUCAGCUCCGGCGAGGAGGAGUACGACUCAGAGGGGCGCAGCUGCACCCGAGGAGGUGGUGGCAGGGGGGGCAGCGGCGGCGGCACAACGCUCCCUUACGUGCGCAGCGGCGGAGGGGCCAGCACCUACUUCUCUCCUCGCGGCAAGCAUGACAACAACAACUACCGGGCCAAGCUGGUGGGCAGGUCGUCCGGCAGCGAGGAAGACAGCCCGGCAGCACUAGCAGCCGCCCACAGCCGCGACAACAUCCGCCGACGCUCCCUGAGAAAGAAGAAGAAAAGCAGCUGCAGCCGAGACAAUGGCGAAUCCGACGACAGCGACGACCAGCCAAUGAUGAUGGAUCAGCUGGAACGUCAUCAGCAGCAGCAGCAGCAGCAGCAGCAGUCGCUGGACUCUCAGCAGUCCGCUGGCAGAAGGUUCGAGGGCUCCAGAACGAGGCCCUGCUUCACAGCAUGGGAGCGUAGUGGUAGUGGUGGUGCCUCGCCUGCCUCCUCCACCACCACCACCACCAUGCCCAGACAAGAAGGCUUCAGACGCUUCCACAGAGGAGCAGUCGGACCGGACGGAGGCGCGUCUCCGUCAGGAACCCCUCCUGUCCCCGCUGUGGUGUCGCGCGUGUCAAAGGUCACCAUCCCCUCUUUUCUCACCAGCCCGUGUGGGUCAAGGAGCAGCAGCCGCUAUUCCAGCACUGAGACCCUGAAGGAGGAGGACCAGCCCGCCAGUGCCUCUGUCAUGAGCAAGACAUACCAUGGCAACUUCACUAUGUACAGGUCGCCCAGCUUUGGCCACGGUGACAACUUUUCCCGCACACCUGUUCGCGUUGUGCCUAGAGUCGUGCCCAGUUUAAGCCCCGGCGAUGCAGCUGCAGGGCCGCCUGCUAGCAGAGUGCUCCAUCGCUCCCAUAGCAACAGUGGCGACAAGGAGAGGAAUAGAAUGUCAAUGUCCAACCCGGAUAUAGCCUCGGAGACCAUGUCUCUGCUUAGCUACCUGAAGAAAACAGACUUGUCAGGGCUCAAGGUCGGGAAGAAAGGUCGCGCAGCGGGGCAAGAGACAGGUGUAGAUGGAGUCGGCUCCGGGUUUCACACGGUGUCUGGUGCUUCGCCGGUGUACAGGAUGGGCUCCAGCAGGUCCCAAGCACCGCACUCUGGCCGGCCAUCUUUAAAAGACCUGACCGCCACACUGAGACGUGCCCAGUCUUUCACUUACUCAGACAAGACACCAGGGAGGCGCUAUUCGCCCAGUGUGCCUGCCUCUAGAAGCUCCUCCGAGCAGCGCCUGGACUGUCAGGGGGACGGGGAGAGGAUUGUGGUGUCUGACCGCGAGGUGGAAAGCGACGACUGCUGCAGCGGAUAUCGGUAUGAAGAGACAAUGCCCUCCAACCCCCUCCAUGACCGAUAUGUUCAAGAGGCCAGGAAGGUCAUACAGGACAUUUGUCAGAUGGGUGGUGCUGGUGAAGAUGAUGACUUUGGAUUCGGAGGGGACGAUUCUAAAGACAAGGCGAAAUCUGACGUUGAGACUGAAGUCAAAAAAGAAGAAAUCGAAGUGGUUAAAGUGACAGUGAGAGAGGAUGCACAGAAGAAGGCAGUUGAAAGUAGGCGGGAGGACACGCACUGUGAGAGUGAGAAAUGUCUACAGAAGGGAAUCUCUGAAGAGAAUGUGUUUUACGACAAGUCCUUAGAUGAACUCUCUGGGCAUGAGUCUAGUAUGACCGAUGAAGGAAUAGUAACAGAGCCUGAAGCAGGCCCGAGUAGUAGCUGUCCCCCCUCAGGGAAAGACCUGCUGGGCCAGCCGCUGACUGUGUGGAGUCAGUCUGCACUGUAUAAAGAGGAAGUGUCUGAGCUGGCUAAAGACAAGAGUGUAACCUCCCCAAUGCUCCCCAAUGUGAGGACCGAGUACGAGGCUGUGACCAUCAUCGGCAGUGAGACUAGUAGCUGUGUCAAAAAUGCGAACCCAAGUCAGGCGGACACUCCCUCCACCCCGAAUGCUACCCGCAGACGCAGGAAGUUCUCCUCUGCCGGCAAUAACGGCUCUGACUCCAGCAAUGGCAGCAACAACGGAGAGUCGAACGGAGAGUCGGCGUACCGCUCCCUCAGCGACCCCAUGCCGCACCGCAGACGCUCGCUGGUCGAGGACGGCGGCAACGCGUUCUCCGUCGACAGCAACCUGCUGGGGUCCCUCACGGCGAAGGGCGGCGGCGGGGGCGGGGGCGGCCGUCAAGACUCGUCCGCCGCAGACCUGUCGGAGUGCACGGGGAGCGCGGCCAGCGACCUCUCUGUCUGCAGCGACAGCCUGCGCGACUACAGCGCGGUCAUGGAGAGCAUCGUGCGCGAGCCGGGCACCAUGGACAAGGUGGUCGACGAGAAGGGCAACGGCAAGGCGGUGAAGAAGAAGAGCUUCAGUGACCCCAGCAGGCGCGGCGAGCCCACCACCAUGCUGCUCCCGGACGGCCAGAGCCAGCCCAGCGAGCCAAUCAGUGAGCUGGAGCAGCAGCCCAUCCCGCCCUCCAGCAGCGAGCCCAUCCUAUCAGAGCAGAGAGGAGAGCUGUGGGCGCCGGAGGGAACGUCAGCGGCGCAGCGGUCCACUCACCCUGGCGGAGGAAGACACCGUUCUCAGUCGGAGCACGCCCUGCCAUCCCACCUCCUCGCUGGGGAGCAGAACGGGGAAGCUGGCCAACCCCAACCCGAGCAUCCGGCGGCGGGGGCAGGGGGGCCUCCUCCUCCGUGUUUCGCAUUUGACCCCAAGCUGGCCGAGGUGCUGUCUCCGCGCAUGAGCCGGCGCAGCCCCAGGAAACGGCCCAACCGUGCGCCGCUGCAGCAGCAGCUGAGCGAGGACUCGGAGCAGCUGGAGGAGCAGGGCGAGGGCGAGGCGGAAGACGAGCCGCCCGGCGGCGAGGAAAACCCCGACCUCGCCUCCUCCCUGUCCCAGCUGCUGCCGCUCCCUAAAGCCAGGCCAGGGCACGUUCGGCAUGCCAGCGAGCCCGCCACGUUCGUGCCCAUCGUCCCACCCGCUGCCCACGCUUCUCAAAGACAACGGUCAUCAGCCGUCGGACUCAGCGCCCCGGCUCCCUUACGGCCUCCUCCUAAACAGGGGGCCGUGGGGGACGACGCACCAUCCCUGGAGGACGUGACCAAGAGGUACAUCCUGAACUCCUCCGAGGGGAGCACAGGGGACCCUCCUCCUCUUCCUCCUGCUGCUGUUCCCCCAGCAGGGACUUCAGCAGGCGGCUCCAGGUCCACCCCUGCCACCCCGACCACCACAGACCCCCAGAAGGAGCUGAGCCCUGCCCCUCUGAAGGCCAAACCCCGGGUGGACAUGAGAAGACAUGUCGUGAUGACCCUACUGGACACCGAGCAGUCUUACGUGGAGUCACUCAGGACACUCAUACAGGGUUACAUGAGGCCCCUGAAGCAGCCGGAGAACUCUCCGCUGGUGGACCCCUCUCUGGUGGACGAGAUGUUCUUCCAGAUCCCCGAGAUCCUGGACCACCACGAGCACUUCCUGGAGCAGGUGCUGAGCUGCGUCAACGACUGGCACGACAAGCAGACCGUGGGACACCUGCUCACAGACUCGUUCUCCAAAGAGAUCCUGGCCAAUAUUUACUCGGCUUACAUUGACAACUUUCUCAACGCCAAAGAUGCCGUGCGGAUCGCCAAGGAGGCCAAGCCUGCAUUUCUCAAGUUUCUGGAGCAAAGCAUGCGUGAGAACAAAGAGAAGCAGGCCCUGGCCGACUUGAUGAUCAAACCGGUACAGAGAAUCCCUCGCUAUGAGCUACUAGUCAAGGACUUGCUAAAGCACACCCCGGAGGAGCACCCUGACCACCAGUUCCUGCUGGACGCCCAGCGGAACAUCAAGCGGCUGGCCGAGCGCAUCAACAAGGGCCGCCGCAGCGCCGAGGAGGUGGAGCGGGAGACGCGCGUCAUGCAGGAGAUCGAAGCCCACAUCGAGGGAGUGGAACAUAUCAUGAAUCCACAGAGGAAGUUCCUGCGUCAGGAGAUGGUGAUGGAGGCGAAAACGGUGGGGGGCAAGAAGGAUCGCUCCCUCUUCCUCUUCAGUGAUCUGCUCAUCUGCACCACGCUCAAGAGGAAGUCUGGAUCCCUGCGCCGCAGCUCCAUGAGCCUAUACACAGCCGCCAGCAUUAUCGACACCUCGAGUAAAUACAAGUUCCUGUGGAAGCUGCCGCUGGAGGAUGUGGAAAUGGUGAAAGGUUCCAACCAGGCCACUAACAGAGAGAACAUUCAGAAGACCAUUGGGCGUCUGGAUGAAGACUUGAGCACCCUGGGCCAGAUCAGCAAACUGUCAGAAACACUAAGCUUUCCGCAUCAGAACCUGGAUGACGUGAUAAAAGACCUGAUGGCCUCGGUGCACCGGGAGCUGGCGGAGAAGCAGUCGCUGGCCUUCAGCAUGACCUUCCUGCCCACCAAGGUCGAGCUGACCACCGCCUCCGCAGAGAGCACCUUCAUCUUCGAGUUCAGCAGCCCGGAGGCACGCAGCAACUUCGAGCAGGCCUUUGAGGAGGCCAAGAAGAAGCUGGCCAUGAAUAAAGACCAGUGGGACCCGGAGUUCCUGAAGGCCAUCCCUAUCAUGAAGACCCGCAGCGGCAUGCAGUUCUCGUGUGCGUCUCCGAGCCACAGCUGUCCGGAGAACACCUACGAGGUGUGGGUGUGCAACAGCGACGGCUACGUGGGCCAGGUGUGCCUGCUCAACAUCCGCGACGAGCCCACGGUGGAGGCCUGCAUUGCCGUCUGCUCCGCUCGCAUCAUCUGCAUCGCCGCCGUCCCCGGCCUCAAGGGCAGAGAGCGUGCAGAGUGCCCCACCGCCACUCCAUCAGCCGAGCCCCAGACUACCGCCUCCUCGACCACCUCCUCCUCCUCAGCCGCCCAGCAGCAGCAGCAGCAGCAGCAGCAGCUCCACAUCUCCAUCUCCGGCUCGUCCCUGGAGCUCAGCGAGCCUCCUUCGACAGCCGGAUCUGGGGUCAACCGGGAGCUGGUGCCCUUCGACAGCGACGACACGGACGAUGAGGACUCGCCCAGCCCCUCGUCCACCCUGCAGAGUCAAGCCAGCCACUCCACCAUCUCCUCCAGCUUUGGCAACGACGAGGGUGCCGGCUCCAAGGACAUGGCCACGGAGACCACCAGCUCUGAGGAGGAGCCCGAGUUCCCGGUGCCCAGCUCCUUUGGCCCGCCGCGCAUCAUCAGCAGCAGCGGCGACAGCCCCAUGGAUGGGCGGGCCAUGCGACGCUCCAGCCGGGGCUCCUUCACGCGCGCCAGCCUGGAGGACCUGCUCAGCAUAGACCCCGAGGCCUACCAGAGCUCCGUCUGGCUGGGCACCGAGGACGGCUGCAUCCAUGUUUACCAGUCUUCAGACAAUAUCCGCAAUCGCAAGAACAGCAUGAAGAUGCAGCACUCGGCAUCCAUUUUGUGCAUCCUGUAUCUUGACAACAAAGUCUUUGUGUCCCUGGCCAACGGUGAGGUGAUCGUUUAUCAGAGGGAAGCAGGAAGUUUCUGGGACCCUCAGAGUUCCCAGACUCUGUGCUUGGGCACUCCCAGCGGUCCCGUGACCAAGAUGGUUCCCGUGGCCGGCAAGCUGUGGUGCGGUUGCCAGAACCGGGUCCUCAUCAUCAACACGAGUACGCUGGUCCAGGAGCACUCGUUCCAGGUGGGUCAGGACAGUAGCCGCUGUGUGACCAGCAUGGUGAGCUAUGGCCAGGGGGUGUGGAUGGCCCUGCAGGGCAGCGCCCAGGUGCGCCUCUACCACGCCGCCACCUACGAGAGCCUCACCGAGGUGGACGUGGCGCCCGCCGUCCACAAGAUGCUGGCAGGCUCUGACGCGAUCAUCCGUCAGCACAAGGCGGCGUGUCUGCGCAUCACAGCUCUCCUGGCCUGCAAGGACCUGCUGUGGAUCGGCACCAGUGCCGGCGUGGUGCUGACCUUAGCCGUGCCGCCCGUCUCCUCCAGCACCAGCUCCAGCUCGGUGCGCGGGCCCCUGCAGCCCAUGGGCUCGGCCCACGGACACACGGGCCACGUCCGCUUCCUCACCUCCAUAGAGCUGCCCGAGGGCUUCGACGUCAACUUCCCCCUACAGACAGACACGGGUAACGCAGUUCAGAGUUCCGAAGGCGGCGGGAGCAGUAGUGGUGGCAGCGGUGGCCUCCAGCGCCGUGACUCGGCCCACCGACGAGCCUCCACCCUCCUGCCCACCAAGAACAACCUACUGGUCAUCAGCGGCGGCGACGGCUACGAGGACUUCCGGCUGACCAACAGCAGCGAGACGGUGGGAAGGGACGACAGCACCAACCACUUGCUGCUCUGGAGGGUGUGAGCGAGCAGUAGCAGUGGUGGCCAUUCUUCUUCAGUGCUUCAGAGCUCGGCCUCCAGUCAGUGUCUCCCCCCCCCAACUCAGUGCCAGCCGCUGGACCGCACACUCCCGUCCCGUUUCUGUGGCAACCUGGCCCCGCCCACUUCCUGUUCCUCUCUGAAUGUCCUAUGCUCCUGAAUCUGGUUUCUCUGUGCAUAUAGAUGUCAGAUAUUGGACGAAAAAAAGGGUCGCUUCGAACCAGGUAUUUUUUUUUAGUUGCUGUCGUUUUGAUUUGACUUUCAUUCUGGUUUUUUUUGGUUGUUGUUUUUGACACUUCUUAAUGGUUUGGGUCGAUUUUUUUGUUUUGUUUCCUGUUGUUUGGUUUUCCUCUUGGUGUACGAAGUGAAUCUUUUGCUCUGCUUAUGAAGUUCUCAAGCUUGCUGGGCACCAUAUUGUAGUGGACCUCUUUGGUCUAAAAAAAACCACCAGGAGCAGGAAAAGGAAGGGGAUGUUACAGAAUCAUCACGAGAGGUGGACUGAGAGUAAGUCUUUUAAGGAAAGAGACUCAGAGGGGUUGUGAAGAGACAGAAGAACGACAAGAACGAUUAAAAAAAGAGAGGUUUGCCACAAGAAGACGUGGUGAUGAGAAAAUUUUUCCAGUCAGUGGCAGACUUCCUCACAGUGAAACAGAUAAAAAAGCUGUCGGGUAAACCCUGUGUGUUGAGUUGGGACGCGAACUGUAUGUAGGGAUGGAAUCAGAAAUAAUGGAUGGUGGGUGAUAUUGUAAUUUGAGGGCUGUUUUGGGUUGAAAAACCCAAGAAGAGGUUCAGUUGAAUGAAAGAACGUCAGGGUAUUGAGGACAAAAGAAGAGGAUACCCUCAGAUGGCUUUCCAUGCUCUGAUCGGACAAGAAAAAAAAAUGAGAUUGGAAGAGAUGGUCAUUUCACCUCAAUUGCCACAGCGUAGUCAACUACUGGUCAUUUAAGACUGUGAGUCUACAGACAUGAAGAUGCUUUUUUUGGUUUUAUUUUUCAAAUUUAAUCUCAAAUGACAAAAGAAGUGUGCUUUAAAUACAAAAAGAAAGUUAACAUAAAAGAAGUAACCAAUGUGCAAUAUAAGGUGAGGGUACCUGCUUAUAAUAUCACACGACACUCAUACAGUACAUGACAUGUAUACUCCUUCAAUAUCUAUGAGGGCACAACCAACUAUCCUCCCUGCAAUCAUUUACAGUCACUCGCAAUCACAUCCACCCUGUUUUUGCAUCAUCACUUUUUCAUCAUUUGUGAUUCUUCUCCAACAGACGAAGAAGACGAAAUGAUUCAACAUAGUGACCUUUUAGUUUAUGGCAUGCACGGAGUUGAAGAAAAAAAAAAAGAACAUUCCGUAUAGAUAUUGUGUCUAUAAUCUUCAUGUACAGUAUUUAUGUUUGUUUUUUUUGUUAUUUUUAGAUUAUCAUUUUACAGCACUUAAUUUAUAAAUGUGUUUAUUUUUCCUCAUUUCCUUGCAUCUGAUAUACACCAGCACCUGUACACAAUGGCAACACAUCUGACUGACAUGAGUGUGUGGGUUUCAUGCCUCUGCCGACCUAAUUAAUUGAUGAUUGUGUCUUGACAAAGAUAUGUAAAGUCUGUAUAUGAGAGAGAGAGACUGAGACUGAUGAGGAUGCCAAUGAUGAUGAAACAGGGAGUGAGGUACAGAAUAGUAAAAGAGAAAGAAACCAUUUAUUUGGCUAUGUGUUACUGGCGGCGUGUGCGUUGCCAAUAGACAACUUACAGUAGUAGGUGUUACAUGGUUUCCGUGUGUUUGUAUGCAUGUGUCUGACAAGUUGCCUUUGGAGUGUAACAUUUAGCUUUGAAAAAGUCAAUGUUAGUGAGGGAGGGAGGUGUGUGCAUGACUUUGUGUGCGCGUGCGCCCGCGCCCGCGUGCGUGUGUGUGUGUGUGUGUGUGUGUGUGUGUGGUGCACACGCGUGCAUGACUGCGUGUGUGUGUGUGUGUGUGUGUGUGUGUGUGUGUGUGUGUGUGUG